GUAAAAUGUGACGCCAGCAAGUGUGGAGGAAAACCCUCUCGACCAGGAUCUCAGAGGAUAUAAAGCUGCGUCGGGACGAAGGGAGGGUCAGAGGAUCACGAGACACAGACCGACAUGGAGGUCCCUUAUUUCACGCUGUUUCUUCGAAUCCUGUUCCUCAUUCACGGCCUGGAUGGAUUCGGUGGCGAGGAAGAGCCAUUGAAGAGGCAGAAUCCGCCAUGCUCCUCAACCCAAACAUUAACUAAUGGACAAUCAUCUCCCCUGAACACCGGGACCAACCUAAAUAUUGCCUCUUGCUCCUGGAAAUUCACCUGCCCGAAUAACAUGACUCUACAAUGCUCCAUUGCCUAUGUACCUUGCCCGCAAACAACAUUCGUCGCCAAUAACAUUAGGUACUAUUACCACGACCACAACAACCCCGACCACAACAACCCCGACCACAACAACCCCGACCACAACAACCCCGACCACAACAACCCCGACCACAACAACCCCGACCACAACAACCCCGAUUCCUACGGGUACAGCAACGACUCCUACGUUUGCGGCGUGUCCCAGCUGGCCCCAAUGCUCGGGAGAUCGAUGGAGACGAAAAAGACACAAGAGGAGGAUUUAGAUCGGAUCGUGGGAGGGACGGCUGUGCUCGACCAACGGAAGUACCCGUGGAUGGCCUAUUUCGGGGGAUGCGGAGGGGCUCUCAUCAACGAUCGAUACGUUCUCACUGCUGCUCAUUGCAUCACAAGCCAGUCGGCAACAGUCUCAGUGACGCUGGGCGACCUGGACAAGUCGAACCCCUCAGACGGUGAUACCAUCACUAUCUCAGCGACACCCAUCGUCCACCCGCAAUACAACGCCCAGACAAUAGAUAACGACGUGGCCUUGCUGCAACUGAACACCUCCGUGGAUUUCACUGCCCACCCAACCAUCCGUCCCAUCUGCCUCUCCUCCUCGGCUAAGCCCGUGGCAGGCCAGAAUGUCGUCAUUGCCGGAUGGGGCACAACCUCCUUCGGUGGGUCAGUGUCGUCGGUGAUGAGAGAAGCCGUUGUCAAGAUUGACGACCAGGCGACGUGUGCGAGCGCCUACAAUCCCUACGCAGGUGGAACAGGACGCUCUAUCACCGGCAACAUGUUCUGCGCUUCUGGACAGGGCAUGGAUGCUUGUCAGGUGGGCCGCAGGGAUGGGAAUUUUCUCAUCAUGAUCACGUUUGAAAUAGAUUUCAAAGGGAAGGGUGAUUCGGGAGGACCGGCGAUGCAAAAAAACACGGACGGGUCCUUCGUAGAGAUCGGGAUCGUUUCGUGGGGAUACGGAUGCGCGGACCCGCUAUUCCCCGGUGUCUACACGGUGGUCGCAAAUUACGUGGACAACUUCAUCCGUGACAACACAAAAGAUGCUGUGGUAUGCCGACCUCUUCCGCCGAUACGAGGCAAAGAAUAAAGCUGUCUCUGCAAAAUCAUUAUUGCAUACGUUUAUUCUGAACGGUAUGAGC